AGGUGAAACACAGUUCAGUUUGUUCGUCCGUUAAUUUACUCGUGUACACAUGUGAGUUUGUGUUUUGACAGUUCAGUGAGCAAAACGGUAUAGAGUUUUAAGAAAAAGUGCAUAAAAUUGCAGUUUUGUUCUAUUCAAGUCCGAAUUUCGAAUGUCUAAAGUGCGUGGAUAAUAUUAUAAUUCGCCAAUUGCCCGAGUGUGAACAUCCAUAGAGUUGCUAUUUAUCGCUGACCGUCUUAGGCGCAACAGCUUGUGUGCCGAUAUAGGCGUGCAUCGACCAAACGACGACGGUAAAUGAACGUGAAAAUGUUACCGCAGACUCCUGACAUCAUUCCCACGUCUUUGAAUCAGCCAAAAUGUGUCAAGGCUCGAGCUCUCUACGACAACAUCGCAGAGGCACCUGAUGAAUUGGCUUUCCGGAAGGGAGACGUCUUGACAGUUCUCGAACAGAAUACUUCCGGCUUGGAGGGAUGGUGGCUCUGCGCACUCAGGGGAAGACAGGGCAUUUGUCCGGGAAAUAGACUACGACUUCUGGUUGGGCAGUAUGAGACUGGUGGGUGCCUCGCCGGCAGCCCGGGUAGCCUCAGCAUACAAGAAGAUGGAAUUCAGAGGCACGGAAAACGGCGGAGUUGGCACGUGCAACCCAACAGGGUGGUUACCCCCCAGAAAUGCGGUGAUGUCUACCUCUACGAUCUUCCGGCAAGCAGGGGCACCCCAGCACCUUCGUCGCGCCACGAUUCACCACUCAAUCCGAUCAACGAUCACCUUCACAUCGGGCGAUAUCCUUCUGGGGCGAGGAGCUCGGUGGAUAGUGGUGGUGACGUAACCGAUUGCUACGACGUUCCGCCAAGGGCUGUGCCCGUUAUUCCAUCGCCAGCUAGUAGUCCGAGUCCCGCGCCUUCCUGCUACGACAUCCCUCGACCACCGACGUCUUACACCCCCAAUUCGAACUGUUCCGCCGGUUCCGCUGGGUCCAUUGGAUCCGGGUUGACACCGAUGGAUUGCUAUGAUGUUCCUAGACCUCUGCAGCCUCUCACUCCAAGCAGCUCAGCAUCCAGCUUAACCAACGAUGGAUCCCUUAGUGGCUCCAAUAGAUCAAGCCUCGCCGCCCCAGAUUACGACGUUCCACGGCCACGUCUUCCCGCGCAGCAAUCGUCGGCCUCGAAUCAACCCUCAAGACACAACACACCUGUGCCACAUACGCCGACGCCACCCCCGUCGGUCCAGCAGUCCCAACAAAUUUACGACGUCCCUGUGAGCAAAGAACUUCCUCUGGAGCUCGAAUCCGCUCUUGAAGGUCUUCAAAGGCUCCAGGGAGAGGCUGGCUCCGCGAUUGCUCGACUUCUCGGCUUCGUAAGUCCCGGAUGGAGGACGUCUCAAAAGCUAGACACCACAGUCAUGGACCUCAGACUUGCCGCUCUCAGGUUAAGAACCUCCCUACACGAUUUGGCAGAAUUUGCUGAAGGGACCCUCGGCAAUGCGGGAAAAGCGCCUGACAAGGGUCUCGCGACGAAGCUUCGCCCGCUGGUGAAAGCUCUUCGCGACUCCGACCGGCUUGUUCAAGACGCAGCGACCGAGCUUGACUCGAUUAGAUGGGAUGUUGCAAGGCUAUCUAGAGGCGGCGAUGACACACCAACCCCAACGAACGGGUCACCCCCGUCCCUCUUACCUCAUCCGCAGCCGGAUCCCUUGGAUCAACUCAUUGCAUGUGCAAGGGCCCUCACCGAAGACGUUCGUCAAGUCGCCAGUUUCAUCCAGGGAAAUUCAACGCUGCUCUUCAAAAGAUGCUCGGUAAUGUCGAGCGGGAGUAGUAACAACGGUAGCAAGGAAGGAACAGGCGAGGACUACGACUACGUGAAUUUGGAGUCGCGGGAGGUGGUCGCUAAGCAACGAGAAGAACUGAGGGCAGCUUUGCCGCAAGAACUUAGGAGCAGCUAUGAUCUCCUCGUGACGGAAAAUGACACUGCCGCGGUUCAGGCACCUCCCGCUACUCCCACGCCGAUGGAUCCGAACGAUAAACAACUUCUGGCCUUUUAUGCCGCUCAGCUCAUAACUCAUGGUGCUCAUCUCACCCACGCUAUCGACGCCUUUCUGCAGACUGUCGAACGCAAUCAACCUCCAAAAGUUUUCUUGGCGCAUGGAAAAUUUGUCGUCCUAAGCGCACACAGGCUCGUACACAUAGGAGAUACGGUGCACAGAAACGUACAGAGGAAUGAUGUUCGAACGAGAGUAUUAGAAUGCGCCAAUGCACUGAGUGAGGCACUGGCGCAGACUGUGUUAAAAACGAAACAGGCAGCGCAGUUUUUUCCGAGCGUAACCGCCGUCCAAGAGAUGGUGGAUAGCGUCGUCGAUGUAUCGCAUUUGGCAAAGGACUUGAAAGUCGCCGUCAUCAACGCCGCUCAACAGCCUUAAACACCUACUUAUAAUAAGUGUACAAUAAAUUAUUUGUAAGUUUUUUGUGUGCCCGCGUGUGUGUGUGUGUGUGUGUGUGUGUCUGUGCCGUCAGUUUUUCCAACAGUGAACCAAUCCGUGCGCCUAAGGUAGGCAUUCGGAGUUGCACUUCAUGUUCAGGUUGAAGCCAUUCCAAACGUCAAACUGAAUUUGAUGAUAGCCAUACUCUCAAAUUUCUCAUUAUUGCCUUUGUUGAUUGUCCGGUUUCAAUUUUUCGUCAUUUUCCACAUUUGGUAACGUUCAAGUUAUUUUGAAAAAUGAUCUUUGACGUUUGUUAUGCCCAUCGCGGGAUACGGUGCUCAGCCUGAACAUGAGCUGUAACUUUGGUUGCCUGCCUCAGGCGCACGGUCGUUUCGCUGUUAAAAAAAUUCACGGUACACCGGGUUAUUUCAUUGAUGCAC